GUGUCCCCCGAGGACAGUCCCCGCCUGUCUGCGUUCCUGUCCCUGUCUCACCUGUCCCUGUGUCACCUGUGUCACUUGUCCCCGCAGGUGUCCCCCGAGGACGGUCCCCGCCUGUCCCUGUGUCACCUGUGUCCCCUUUGUCCCCAGGUGUCCCCCGAGGACGGUCCCCGCCUGUCGGCGUUCCUGUCCCUGUGUCACCUGUGUCCCCUCUCAUUUGUCCCCAGGUGUCCCCGGAGGACGGUCCCCGCCUGUCCUCGUUCCUGUCACUGCAGAGCUUUGUCCCUGUGUCACCUGUGUCACCUGUCCCUGUCUCUGUCCCCAGGUGUCCCCAGAGGACGGUCCCCGCCUGGCCCUGUGUCACCUGUGUCCCCUCUGUCCCCACAGGUGUUCCCGGAGGACGGUCCCCGCCUGUCCUCGUUCCUGUCCCUGCAGAGCUUUGUCCCUGUGUCACCUGUCCCUGUGUCACCUGUGUCACCUGUGUCCCAUUUGUCCCCAGGUGUCCCCCGAGGACGGUCCCCGUCUGUCGGCGUUCCUGUCCCUGCAGAGCUUUGUGCGUGUGUCCCCUGUGUCACCUGUCCCUGUCUCUGUCCCCAGGUGUCCCCCGAGGACGGUCCCCGCCUGUCCUCGUUCCUGUCCCUGCAGAGCUUUGUGCGGGGUCAGUACGGGGACGAGGGCUCGUUCCGGGCGCUGGACGCUCACCUGAGGGCGUUACCUGGCGGUGACCACGCCCACCGGCUCUUCUACCUGGCCCUGCCCCCGAGCGUCUACACCCCGGUGACACGGCACCUGAGGAAUGUCUGUAUGGGGGACGGGUGGAACCGCGUGAUCGUGGAGAAGCCGUUCGGGCGGGACCUGGGCUCGUCGGAGGAGCUGUCGGCGCACCUGAGCGCGCUGUUCCGCGAGGAGCAGAUCUACCGCAUGGACCACUACCUGGGCAAGGAGAUGGUGCAGAGCCUCAUGGUGCUCAGGUGGGGACACCCUGGGGACAUUGGGGUGACAUUGGGGACAGCCAUGUGUCUGGUGGCCAUGGAGAAGCCGGCGUCCACCCACCCCGACGACGUGCGCGACGAGAAGGUGAAGGUUCUGAAGUGCAUCCAGCCCGUCCAGCUGUGUGACGUGGUUCUGGGUCAGUACGUGGGCAACCCCGAGGGCCCCCCCGAGGCCCAGAAGGGCUACCUGGACGACCCCACGGUGCCCCCCGGCUCCACCACGCCCACCUUCGCCGCCGCCGUGCUGCGCGUGGACAACGAGAGAUGGGACGGUGUCCCGUUGGUGCUGCGCUGCGGGAAGGCCCUGAACGAGCGCAAGGCCGAGGUGCGGCUGCAGUUCCGCGAGGUGCCCGGGGACAUUUUCGGGCGGCAGUUGACAGUGACGAUGGUGACAAUGACGAUGGUGACAAUGACCACGAUGAUAUCAACGGUGACAAAUGACAAUUAUGACAAUGGCAAUGAUGAUGACGAUGACGAUAUUGACGCUGACAAUGACGAUGAUGACGAUGUUGAUAUUGAUGGAUGUUGA